AACAAAAGGCUUCGGCGUCCCAGGCUUAGCUUCAGAUGAAGAUAUCUCGGAUGCACACGUCCUGUCUGACCCCUCUGCUUUGCUUAUUUAGCUCUGUCUCAUAUAAUUUUGUGCCUUCUCCUCCUCACACAACCAGAGAUAAACCACAUACAGAGUGAAAGUGAAAAUGGCGAGCUCAGUGGAGGAGGGUGUAAGAGAGGAAGUUGUUUCGGUUGAACUCCCUGCUCCUGCUGGUUGGAAGAAGAAGUUUUUUCCCAAGCAAGGUGGAACCCCAAAGAAAAAUGAGAUCGUAUUCACAUCACCAACAGGAGAGGAGAUCGUUAAGCAAAGACAGUUAGAACAGUACCUGAAAGCACACCCUGGUGGUCCAGCAGUUUCGGAAUUUGAUUGGGGCACUGGUGAGACCCCAAGGAGAUCAUCAAGGAUUAGUGAGAAGGCCAAGGCAUCUCUCCCGCUAGAAAGUGGGCCUCGGAAGAAACGGAGUAGAAAAUCAUCAGCUCCAAAGAAGGAUGACAAAGAGAAAGAAACUGUGCCAGAAGGAGCUGAGGAGACAAAAGAAGAACACGUGCAAGUGGCUGAUAAAAUUAAGGAUUAUGCAGGUGCAGAGGUGGAAAAGGAUGUCCUUAAGCAAAAUCAACAUAACAAUAAAGUGGAAGAUACUGCAGAAGCAGGGCUGGAAAUUUUAAACGGGACACUUGGUGGGAAAGAAGCUGAGGGUACUUCUGAAGUUACUCAAAAUGAAAAUGCUAAGUUGGAAAGUACAAACAAUCUAGAGAAGGCACAGCAACCCCAGGUUGAGGCAGAGAAAGAUUAUGGGUCUCAGGAACAAGGCAAAACUGACGCUACUGCUGGUGAGAGAAAAGAUGAAGUGGACGGAGAGGGGAAAAAGAAAGAUGACAAAAGUGCUCUUGGAUAUGAUGGAGAAAUCAAGGAGAAUUCAGUGAAAGGUAACAAUGAUGAGCUCAAGGCAAAUGUUCUUGAAAAGCACAGUAAGGUUGAAGAAGUUAUUGAAAAUGGCAACCAUGGCAAUGAGGUUCGUGACAAGCCUUGAGUAUAAAGUAGGCUAACUGGAUGCUGGCUUGUCAUCCAAUUAGAUCUGUGGGAAGAUGACCAUAGUUUAAUGUUAUUGGUACUGUUAAUGUUAACAAUCUGAUUGUUCGUGGAACAUCCGUCUAUACGAUCCUAGAUUAGGCCUAUAAUGUUCUCUUGUACUGAGAAACGUGUAGCUUGCAGUGACCUUUUGUAACAUUGUGGGGUAAAGAUAUUUGUAAUGAUAUUGUUAUUCAGUCCUGUAAUAAUGGAGAUCCUGGAACCUUUGAAACA